UCAGGUUGAAACAAAUGAUCAUCUUGAUUGACUUUUCCUGUGAUUCUGUUACUUCCUGUACUAUAUCCGAUAUAUCGGAGACAAUGAGCUGAAUGGAGAAGGGAUCUUGAAAGGCGUGUAUGGAGAAAGGAGAUCACUAGAUUCCUCGUAUAUAUACGAGAGGAUCCCCCUUAGAUGAAUACUCUCUCUGAUAUUGCGUACCGACAUUUCAACAAACAUCAUGAAAUCCUUCUGUUUUACCAUUCUUACGCUGGUCGCUCUGGCGCAAGCUGAAGAUGGAAAAGCGAAGGAGAAACGUGGUCUAGCCGACUCGUACGGAUCGUUCUCCAACGGCCCUUCGUUCACGAAAUCACCCCAAUCAUCCCCAACGCAACAGGAGUACGUGUCGCAAGCCCAGCAAUAUUAUCAAGAGAAUUCUCAAGCUCCCCAAUCCCAAGCUGCUGCCUACACUCAACCAGCUGUGUCUAAAUAUUCUGUUCCCGGCUUACAGAAGUUUGUUUCUGAAAAGCCUUUUGUUGAGAGCUUCUAUUUCUUCGGAGUUCUCACCAAUUUGUGUAUAAAAAACUCAGCCUCCAAGGUUUAUUUAAGAGUUGAAGAACUACUUCGCGAUGUUACAGGAAUAACACUUGGCGUCGACGACUAUCUCCUCUGUAGACCCCAAAUUAAAUUCUUUGGUUACUUCAUAAAGGGUCUCACAAGUAGCGAGGAAGAGAAGGUUCAUCACGAAUAA